AUGGUCCUCCACCUCUUAGGCAAAAAGUCCUGGAACGUCUACAACAAAGACAAUAUCGACCGCGUGCGUAAAGAUGAAGCAGACCAGCAAGCCAGAGAGGAAGAAGAUGAACGCCGUAUGCAAGAACAAGAUGCUGUCCAUCGUAUAGCAGUCUUGCGAGGUGAAGUUCCUCCACCAACAAAAGCCCCAUCGCCUUCACCAGCACAAACCGGGAGUGCUCGCCAGUCUCGUCAUGGUGCCGAUGGUCGAGAUCGCAAACGACGCCGUUUGAGAGGCGAAGAUGAUACCGAUAGGGACAUGCGCAUUGCCAGAGAAGAUGCUGCUGCUGGAGCUGCCGUCCGUGAAAAGCUAAGCCUCGGCGAAAGGGACAGGCAAGACGGCCAUGUGUCCGUGACAGAUCAUGCUGGUCACAUCCAACUCUUCGCAGCGCCGAACGAACGUGCUCUGUUGAAGAACUCACGCAACGCCGAAGCAGAGGCUGAGAAGGCAAAGAAGGCACAUGAGAUCGAAGAUCAGUAUACCAUGCGAUUCUCGAAUGCGGCAGGCUUCAAACAGUCAGUCUCUUCAGCGCCAUGGUACGCUUCGUCGAGCAAACCGGAUUUCGAGACCCAGAUACCGAGUAAGGACGUCUGGGGAAAUGAAGACUCAAGUCGUAGGGACAGGGAACAAACAAGGCUGAUUUCAAACGAUCCAAUGGCGUUCAUGCGAAAAGCACAAUCCCAGCUCAGGCAGUCCGAGACGGACAAGGAGAAGUGGAAGGUGCAGAAGGAACGAGAAUUGAGAGAGCUAGAUCGAGCCGAGAAGGAAGAACUACGGAGGCGGAGAGAGCGUCGGCACAAACGUGAGCACAGAGAAAGAAGUCAAAGUAGAUGA